AUGGCUAGGUGGAAAAUUUUGCUUUCUGAAUUUGACAUAAUUUACAUGAGUCAAAAAGCUGUAAAUGGGAGUGCAAUAGCAGAUUUUCUGGCCAGCCGAGCUUUAGAAAAUUAUGAGCCCUUGAAUUUUGACUUCCUCAAUGAAGAGAUAGUGUAUGUAGCAGCUGCUGAAGAAGACAAUACAAAAGGUCACUGUUGGAAAUUGAGUUUUGACGGAGCCUCAAAUGCUAUGGAAUAUGAAGCAUGUAUCAUGGGGCUCAGAGCAGCUAUAGAACGCAGGAUCAAAUCAUUAGAAGUAUAUGGAGAUUCUGCAUUGGUAAUUUAUCAACUUCGAGGUGAAUGGGAAACAAGAGAUUCUAAGCUAAUCAAUUAUAGAAGGCUGGUGUUGAGGUUAGUUGAGGAGUUUAAUAAUAUUACUUUCAAUUAUCUCCCGCGCGAAGAAAAUCAGAUGGCAGAUGCUUUGACUACUUUGGCUUCCAUGAUCAAAGUAAGCCGACAAGAGGAUGUGAAGCCUAUUCAGAUGAGUAUUUAUGAGGCCCCGUCUUAUUGUUAUAAUAUAGAGGAAGAAGAAAGAGAUGAUCAUCCUUAG